CAAACUUUCCUUGAUUUUUGCAUUUAUUGAGUGUUGUGCUCAUAAACAGGAGCCCUUCACACAUUAACCUGCGGAUGCUCAGUUUUGCUGUCUGUCGUUUACGUCUUAAUUGGUCUAAUGGGCUAAAUGCUGCUCUGAUCACGGCGCGGGAUGCUAAACGGUUGUUGGAAAUGUAAAUGCUGUUACGCUCAUCCGUCAUCAGGAGGAUAAUUUGUGUGACCCUGAAGUUGCCGUGAUGCCAGUCCUGACUCCAAAAGUAAAAAACGUCUUGGAGGAAUCAGCCUGAUGACUAAACCUAGCAUGAUCUUCGUGAAAUGUUCUUCAUCCUGGCAGUUAUCGAGGCAAAUCUAAUUAAAUGUCCUCAAAUUCGAAUUAGUUUUAUUUAUUGCCUGUUUUAUUUUCCCGCCCACCUCAGAAUUUAUUCUAGAAAUCACUGCAGCGCGAGGUUGAAUACAGAAGAGACAUCUCUUGUUUUCUUCUGCAGAUUUGUUUGAUGGCGCACACCUGAUGCAGAGCCACAUCUCAGGCGACCUUUCGCGCACGCGCCGCGCACGCAGGUGGCCUUCGGAGAGAGGGGGGGUGGGGGGCGCGUGUCCGUGUGGUGACGUCAGGGCACGGUCGCUUUGUCAGAUCGUGUCCGCGUGUUUAAAAAGUGAGAAAAUGACAGGUGGUGUCAGUCAGACGGACCGGACCGGCGAGCCCGACCAGAACCAGCAGCCAUGCAGCACUCCCUGCUCCCCCUCGCCGUCCUGGGACUCCUCGCCCUCUCCUCCGCCUGUUACAUCCAGAACUGCCCCCGGGGGGGCAAACGAGCGCUGCCGGAGGCUGCCACCAGACAGUGCAUGUCUUGUGGCCCCGGAGACAGGGGCCGCUGCUUUGGCCCCAGCAUCUGCUGCGGGGAGGGUCUCGGCUGCCUGCUGGGCUCACCAGCAUCAGCUUACUGCGAGGAGGAGAACUACCUGCUCACCCCCUGCCAGGCGGGGGGCAGACCAUGUGGAUCUGAAGGAGGACGCUGCGCCGCUUCAGGACUCUGCUGCAACUCGGACGGCUGCUCUGUGGAAUCUGACUGCCUUGGGGAGACGGAAGCCACCGAUCUGGCCCAAGGCUCUGCGAGGAGCUCCCCCACGGAGCUGCUGCUCCGUCUCCUCCACGUGGCCAGCAGAGGACAGAACGAGUACUGAGCCAGGGAGCGUGGAAAUCCCAGCCAGCCGGAUCCUCACAGUCUGGAGCUACGACACUAUCAAGCCUCAAGUUAUGAACUCUGAACCGAACCAGUUUGCUUUGUCUGUGCUAAUCUUGCCUCAUUUUAAAUAAUAUUCACCUAUUUUUUCUUACACACACAAAAAAUACUGUGAAAUAAAUCAGAUCAUUGAUAAUAAACAUCAUAUUUACUCCCUGUCCAAAAGAAAUGUACAUAUUUAUACUGUAAACAGUCCAGAGCCUAAAUUAAAAUGUAAAUAAAUGAUAAAUUAAGCUUUCCACUGAUGGUGAACAACUGAUUUCCAAUGCUUGAGUACAUUCCUGUGGUGUAGCAGACGUAUUAUUGUAAAUAAAAAAUGGAAGAAAAAUACCGAUGG